AUGAAAACUGUUCAAGUGAAUAUAAAUAGGGCAAACAAGGAUCCAAUAAACUACUUUACAACGCUGGGAUUGAAACAUCUUGAAUUUCCUGAAGGAACCAAAAAAGAGCACAUUAAUGUUGUUAUUAAAACAGAAAAAAAUGAGAUCCAAGUGACAGAAGAUACUCAAUUAAUGAACAUCAUAUCAACCACAUCACAAAUGCCCAUUUUAAUUUUUCAUACAAUAGCACGGCCUUUUUCCAGUUAUACCUUCCAAGAAGCCUCAAAGCUAUUUAACCUUAAAGUAGACAGCAUGGGAGAAUGUCCAGUUUAUCAUCAAGGGAUUGCAGACUUGGUUGGCAUGGAUCGCUACAUUAAUGAUACUGUUUGGGACCUUAUGUGUUUACAUAGAGCAUAUGGUGAUGUUUCUGGAACAAACGAAGCACAAUAUUCCGUUUUUAUAAGAGCCGUUCUUGUUGGAAUCAUCCACACCUAUAACCCUGCAGACAAUUAUCUACUCCUUGAACAAAAGGUAAUUAUGGGAAUUUAUGGAAUGGGGCCUGUUGACUUUGUAAUCAAAAAAGGAAACCAGUUUAUUGGUGUAACAGAAGCAAAAAAAGAAGCCAUUAGCAAAGAUGUGGAAACUUGUAUAAUUAAAUUAUCAUAUUUGAGAAAAAUGAAAACUGUUCAAGUGAAUAUAAAUAGGGCAAACAAGGAUCCAAUAAACUACUUUACAACGCUGGGAUUGAAACAUCUUGAAUUUCCUGAAGGAACCAAAAAAGAGCACAUUAAUGUUGUUAUUAAAACAGAAAAAAAUGAGAUCCAAGUGACAGAAGAUACUCAAUUAAUGAACAUCAUAUCAACCACAUCACAAAUGCCCAUUUUAAUUUUUCAUACAAUAGCACGGCCUUUUUCCAGUUAUACCUUCCAAGAAGCCUCAAAGCUAUUUAACCUUAAAGUAGACAGCAUGGGAGAAUGUCCAGUUUAUCAUCAAGGGAUUGCAGACUUGGUUGGCAUGGAUCGCUACAUUAAUGAUACUGUUUGGGACCUUAUGUGUUUACAUAGAGCAUAUGGUGAUGUUUCUGGAACAAACGAAGCACAAUAUUCCGUUUUUAUAAGAGCCGUUCUUGUUGGAAUCAUCCACACCUAUAACCCUGCAGACAAUUAUCUACUCCUUGAACAAAAGGUAAUUAUGGGAAUUUAUGGAAUGGGGCCUGUUGACUUUGUAAUCAAAAAAGGAAACCAGUUUAUUGGUGUAACAGAAGCAAAAAAAGAAGCCAUUAGCAAAG